CCUUGACAGGCUGCCCUGCGUCAUCAUGACUUUUCCUCUCAGAGAUGGUCUUGGACUGAGUAACCCGCUUCAGUCCUUUUUUCGAAGAUUUUGUCAGUGGAUGGAUUUAUUAGAUCCUGUCAACGUGUUUAUUUCCAUUAAAAGCAUAGAAAAAUCACGACAGCUGUUGUUUACCACUGAAGAUGCACCCAAACACUACCUGGAUAACCAAGGGAUUAAAGACGCAUGGAAUAAGAGUCUUUCAACUGUGCACCCUGACAGCAGCAAGCUGAUACCCCAUCUUCUCCGACCUGCAGCUUUCUUGCCUGUAACAGCACCCAUGAGUCAUGGACCAGUAGAGAGAACAUUGUUGGGAGCAGGGGUGUUUGUGUCUUCAACUUUCUUUGGAUUAAUUCCUCAUCUCUUUCAAAUGAAGUAUCCCCUGAAUAACUUUUGGCUUAAAAGAACCUUGCCAAUCGUCUUUCUUGCCCAAGUCAGUGGAAUGAAUGUUUUUGCAUCCCGCAGUUUUGAAUACCAUCGAGGAAUUGAGGUGAUGGAUAAGGAAGGCCAUGUCGUAGGCUAUUCCAGAAAAGCUGGGAGAAAGGCUAUUAAAGAAACAGCAAAAUCCAGAGCAGUGCUGUUUGGUACCUCAGCCUUGGCCCCUGAACUCUUUAUCCACAUUUUAAAAAGAUCGAGGUUUUACCCACAAACUCUGCUGUCAUUAGCGAUCUUGAGAAUGAGUUCUACAUUCUUUAUGAUGGGACUGAUGGUGCCAGUGUCAUUCAGCAUGUUUCCACAAAUUGGACAGAUAAUAAACGAACAGAGGGGCUAGAACCAAGAAAGGUUCCUGGAGAAGGGAGCCUCUGGAAAUGGCUGAGAUUGCACAGGCAGAGAUGGAACUAAAAGAACGAGUUCCCAGUGGAAGAACAGGAGGGAGAAGUGGACAGCAUGACCCCAUAUGACUGUCAGGAUGCUGAGACCAAAGUUAGCACUGCAUCACCAGGCUGAGGAAGCAGACAGUAGUCUUGAAGACAUAGAGGCUGAAUCUCAGAGGUCAGAGCAGGGGCAGGAAGUAGGAUCUGUAUCUGUAUUGCCCCAAAGAUUCACCAGACCUUGAAGGUAAGUGCUUGUUGGCUCUAAGUGAGUGGUGGAGAUGCUCUAGUGGCAGUCUUGUACUAAUGGUAUAUCUGGCCUUGACUGGUCAUCCUAAGGCUGGGAGGGAUCCAGCGUCUCCUCAGAUAUCCCUGUAGUACAUUUCUAGAACUUCAAGGAUCCUGAAAAGGGAGCCUGUCCCUUUAGAGCUCUUCUGCUUGUCUCAGUUAAUCAGUGCAUCCAACCUUGCAAGACUAGAAAUGGACAUUGGCUGUUAGGAGUCCACUGUUAACAUUUGCUAGAUGUGAUAACUCUCCUUCCUGUGUACACGGUACCAGACUUUAUCAUCUGUAAUAUUUGUAGUGGAAAAUUUGUAGGUGAAAUAAUGAAAGGAACCAGGUGUAUUCUUGUAUUCCCAGCAUUCUAGAGGCUGAUGCAGGAAUAGACUGUAAGUUCUAGAUCAUCCUGGCCUACACAUCAAGAUGCUGUCCCAAAAAGCAAAAAAAGAAGGAACUCACACUACACUUAUGGACACUUACGGAUGUGACAAGUGCUCUAGGAAAUCAAAUCAGCACAUUCUUUGUAGCUAUUGCUGAGUGAUGACUGUACAAGAGCUUAUUAUAUUCCCUUUGUUUAUAUUUGAAAUUUUUAAUUUAAAAAGUUCUAAGAAAUGGUACUUCUGAGCCGGGCGGUGGUGGCGCACGCCUU